CUUUUCAAAAAAGUGAUACUAGUAUUUAUUUUUUAUUUUAAACAGUUGAACUCCAAAGUGGGUUGAGCAGUGCGAGCGACUCUGUGAGUGAACUGAAAAGCAUGAAAUGAAAGCCUUGCGAAAAUGCAAGCUUCUCAAUGCCGCUCGCCGGAGAUAUUUUUCCUCCGUCGCCGAUGCUACACUUCACCAAUCAACCUACGACGACGAAGAAAAAAACAUCAUUUGGCGGGAAAACAAAGAUUCAAACACUCUACCUUAUUUGCACUACGCAAUACAAGAAUGCGCAAAAACAACAACUGUAAUAAAUGGGAAAGCGAUACAUACACAGAUAAUAAAAUACGGAUACGAAGAUGAUAUAUUAACAGCAAACAUGCUCAUCAACACGUACUCAAAAUGCAGCCUCAUUGAUUCCGCUCGCAAGGUGUUUGACGAAAUGCCACAAAGAGUUCUUGUUUCUUGGAACACCCUGAUGGGUGCGUAUAUACAGAACAGAGACGGAGAAGAAGCACUUCGUCUUUUCGUUCGAAUGCAAAGGGAAGGGAGUGAGUUUAGUGGGUUUACAAUUUCAGGAGUUCUUUGUGCGUGUGCUGCAAAGUUUGCUGUUUUAGAAUGUAAGCAAUUGCAUGGUUUUGCGAUUAAGGUGGAGAUGGAAUCGAAUGUUUUUGUGUCGACUGCUUUGGUGGAUGUGUAUGCUAAAUGCGGGUUGAUGAAUGAUGCUUUUCGGGUUUUUGAUUCUAUGUCUGUGAGGAAUGAUGUUACUUGGAGUUCAAUGGUUGCUGGAUAUGUCCAAAAUGAGUUAUAUGAGGAGGCUAUAAUGUUUUUUCACGGGAUACAAAAAGCUGGGAUAGAGCAUAAUCAGUUUACACUUUCUUCGGUUAUAUCUGCUUGUGCUGUGAUGGCUGCUUUGUUAGAAGGGAACGAAGUGCAUGCUAUAGUAUGGAAAACUGGUUUUGGUGCCAAUGUUUAUGUGGCUGCAUCUCUUGUGGACUUAUAUGCAAGAUGUGGAAGUAUUGACGAAGCUUAUAUUGUUUUUUUGAAUGCUGAGGUGAAGAAUGAUGUGAUAUGGAAUUCAAUGAUUUCUGGCUUGGCUAGAAAUGCACGGCCUUUAGAGGCCAUGACGUUGUUUGAGAAAAUGCAAUUAGCGGGAUUUUGUCCGAAUGAGUUGACUUAUGUCUCGGUGCUAUCUGCUUGUGGUCAUAUGGGUCUUGUUGACAAGGGGCGGAUGUAUUUUGACAAGAUGAAGAAAGAACAUAAUUUAUCUCCUAAUGUGUAUCAUUAUUCGUGUAUGGUUGACAUUCUUGGUAGAAAAGGCUUGGUUGAAGAAGCUAAGGAUUUGAUAGAAAAUAUGCCUUUUGCUGCAACUCCUUCUAUGUGGGGUUCUGUCUUGGCCUCUUGCAGGGUCCAUGGAAAUGUUGAGGUGGCUGAAAUUGCUGCUAAACAUAUGUUUGAGCUCGAGCCGAAUAAUGCUGGGAACCACGUCUUGCUUUCGAACAUAUAUGCUUCCAAGAAAAGGUGGGCCGACGUUGCAUCAACUAGAAAGCUUCUCAAAGAUAGUGAAGCGAAGAAAGAAAGAGGCAAGAGUUGGAUACAAAUAAAAGACAAGGUUCACACAUUCAUGGUCGGGGAGAGAAAUCAUCAAAGCAUUGCAGAGGUUUAUUCAAGAUUGGAUGAGUUGUUGAUAGAUAUGGAGAAGUUAGGCUACAAAGGUCAAACAGAACACGACCUGCACGAUGUGGAAGUGAGCAGAAAACAUGAGCUACUGAGACAUCAUAGUGAGAAGCUUGCUUUUACGUUUGGGUUGAUGUGUUUGCCUUCGAGUGCUCCUAUAAGAAUUAUGAAGAACCUCAGGAUCUGUGGGGACUGUCAUUCUUUUAUGAAGUUUGCUUCAAAAGUAACAGGGAGGGAAAUAAUUGUUAGAGAUGUUAAUCGUUUUCAUCAUUUUUCUAAUGGAUCUUGUUCAUGUGGAGAAUUUUGGUAAAGAAUGUAACUGGUUUGGAUUUAAGAUCCCUUCAGGAAGGUGGAAAAAGUAACUAAAAUCUGUUGCUUUUGGACCCCAAAAUGUAUAAGAAAUCAGAGACAUUAUAUCAUGGAGAAGUUUAUUACCUGUUAUCUCAACAUAAUCUCUUAAAAACAACAAGAUGGUGAAAAACCUCCGAGCAUCGGAUGUGAUCACAAACUAUGUAAACAAGCUGGGGGUCAGAAUGCUCUCAGUCAUUCCUCUUGCCGACAAUCAUGUUCGGGUCAGUGCUGGCAACUCAGUGUCACCAAAGAAAAGUUAUCCAGGAAUUAUAAUCAAGAGAUGAAUCACCGAGUCAUCUAGAGUCUUAUGGUCCUUGAGAAAAACAAGGAUACUUCGCGAUAAUGGAACUAGACCGAUGAAAAUUCCUCCACUGCUGCUGAUUUCUGACUACUUUCAGGUGGAAAUUUGGGAGACUAAGAAAGGGGAGAAUCAUAACAGUACUAAUAGUCUCCUCACUCAGCAGGAGGGAUUAUUGUUUAUUUUGGGUCAAACAAGAACUGAUAGCUUGACAGGAAGAGUAUAGUAGUAGCCUGGUUGGUGAAUGUAAAGAAAUAAUAUUCACUCCCGAUGCUGCACAGCUCAUUACCUCCUGAAUUUUGGACAUUUCAUUUGCAGGGGGUUUGUCAAAUCAUUAGCAAGUGGAAGAAAAGGAUAUGAUCGAGUUGGUAGUUCUUCUAGCUGAUAUUUUAGCUCAGAGAAGUGGGAAUAGAGAUUGUAAUAAGGUAGCCAAAAAUAUGUAUACUGUAUGUAAUUUUUUGAAGGGGAGCCUUGGAGCAACGGUGAAAUUUUAUCCGUGUGACCUUUGUCACGGGUUCAAGCCAUGCACAACUAUCUAAAUUACACUCCUUGGGGUGCAACCCUUCCUUGACCAUGCAUGAACAUGGGAUGCUUUGUGCAUCAAACUGCACUUUUUUUCUUUUCACUAUAUGUAAUUUUUAGUGGAACUGCAAUGAGGAAGUUUUUUCCCUAUACGUUGUCCAAGCAUUUAUUUUUGUGCGUUGGAGUUUAACAUUCUCCUUUUCCUUCUUGAUCAGGAAUACUUAUAAUAUUUGAAAUAUUACAUUAUAAUUUUUGG